GACGUGUCUCUACAGUGUCUCCUCCUGCUCGACGCCUGCCGGUGGCUCAGUCAGUGGAGAGGUACAGUCAGAUUUCUCCCUGUGAAGCAGCUCGUAAGAGAACAGUCGGGACAUCAUGGGCAUCAAAUUCUUGGAAGUGAUAAAGCCAUUCUGUGCAGUGCUGCCAGAGAUUCAAAAACCUGAAAGAAAGAUCCAGUUCAGGGAGAAGGUGCUAUGGACAGCCAUCACUCUUUUCAUCUUCCUGGUGUGUUGCCAGAUCCCACUGUUUGGCAUCAUGUCCUCAGACUCUGCAGAUCCAUUCUACUGGAUGAGAGUGAUCCUGGCCUCCAACAGAGGUACUCUGAUGGAGCUGGGUAUCUCGCCUAUUGUCACCUCAGGCCUGAUCAUGCAGUUGCUAGCUGGAGCUAAGAUCAUUGAAGUUGGAGACACACCGAAGGACAGAGCCCUCUUCAACGGAGCUCAGAAAUUGUUUGGAAUGAUCAUCACCAUUGGUCAGGCCAUCGUUUAUGUGAUGACUGGCAUGUAUGGAGAUCCGUCAGAGAUGGGUGCUGGAAUCUGUCUUCUCAUCAUCAUUCAGCUGUUUGUGGCCGGGCUGAUCGUGCUGUUGCUGGAUGAGUUGCUCCAAAAGGGCUAUGGUCUCGGUUCAGGAAUAUCACUGUUCAUUGCAACCAACAUCUGCGAGACGAUUGUCUGGAAGGCUUUCAGCCCCACGACUGUGAACACUGGCAGAGGAACGGAGUUUGAAGGAGCAAUCAUUGCUCUUUUCCAUCUGCUGGCUACCAGGACAGACAAAGUGCGUGCUCUGAGAGAGGCCUUCUACAGACAGAACCUACCAAACCUCAUGAACCUCAUCGCCACAGUAUUUGUCUUUGCUGUAGUGAUAUACUUUCAGGGAUUCAGGGUGGAUCUGCCCAUCAAGUCAGCUCGUUACCGUGGCCAGUACAACACCUACCCCAUCAAACUCUUCUACACCUCCAACAUUCCCAUCAUCCUGCAGUCUGCUUUGGUCUCCAACUUGUAUGUUAUCUCCCAGAUGCUUUCCACACGUUUCAGUGGCAAUUUCCUGGUGAAUCUGCUUGGAACUUGGUCUGACACAACAUCUGGUGGUCCAGCCCGUGCCUACCCCGUGGGUGGACUCUGUUACUACCUCUCUCCUCCUGAGUCAUUUGGGUCCGUUCUGGAUGACCCGGUCCAUGCCAUGAUCUAUAUUGUCUUCAUGCUCGGAUCAUGUGCCUUUUUCUCCAAAACCUGGAUUGAAGUCUCAGGCUCUUCUGCUAAAGAUGUGGCAAAACAGCUGAAGGAGCAGCAGAUGGUGAUGAGGGGACACAGAGAAACCUCAAUGGUCCAUGAACUGAACAGGUACAUUCCCACUGCUGCUGCUUUUGGCGGACUGUGUAUCGGUGGUUUAUCAGUGAUGGCUGACUUCCUUGGAGCCAUUGGCUCUGGCACCGGUAUCCUGCUGGCUGUUACCAUCAUCUAUCAGUACUUUGAGAUCUUUGUCAAAGAACAGAGCGAAGUAGGCAGCAUGGGGGCCCUGCUCUUCUAGAAAAGCCAACAUUCUCACCAACUUUUAUUAGGAUCACCAACCUUGCAUUUAUUUUACAUCUAUGUGUGAAGCCCCUGCAUCAUCAGCGCUCCAGUUUCAGGACGAUUGAGAAGUCUCUUCUCAGGAUUCUCAGCUGAAAUGAGGCGUUGCGAGGUGGUGGAACUACAUGUUGACAUUCAAACCGUUUGCUCCCUCCACAUAUCUUCCAAAGCAACACAGACAUUUCAGUUGUACUUGUACAUGGGAUUUUCUAACUGACUCAAGAUUAAAGCUCCCCAAGGUUCGCUUAAAGGCUUCCUUUGUGUAAGAAUGCGGGAGUUUGGUCCUUUUUCUUUCCAGACUGACAAGAGAGCGCUUCAGUAUGCAGGCAUACUCGACUUGGAUGAUGGCAGUCAACUGCCUGCUGUGUGCAUAGAAGCACUCGGCUUUCUGUUUGGUGUUAUCUUACUUUAUACAUUGUCCUUUCAGCUUUGUUUUAUUUUUCUGUUAACCUGCCAAUCUGGUGAAGGUGUGGACCAGAAGCUGAACUGUCAGACGCUGAGUCAAGUACUGUAAUUUUCCUGAUUUGUGACCCUGUGUGAUAGCUUUUAACUUAACAUCUUGUAAGAAGACGAUGUGGAGCUCAAAUUGGGGAACUGGGGCAUUCCCUGGGAGCUGCAGUAUUAACUCAUAAGUCACAUUCAUUCUUGUUGCCCGCUUCCUAAGAAUUUUUUUGUUUUGUUUGGUUUCUUUUUUAAUUGUCUGCUCUAAGCAUACUUAUAUUAAUCACUUUUUCACACCUGAUGAAUUAUGAUUUUUCUGUACAUAGGCCAUUCAUUGAAAAACUUAGAAUUUGUCUUCGGUGUAAGAUAAAGUCUUUUGAAUAUGUAAAAAAUAAAUGCAUUUCAGAACAAACGUAUAGAAAACAUUCUCAAUAAAAACCUUUUGUGGAAAAAG